AGUGGUAACCUUAAAAAUGUGCCCAUCUGUGCACUAACCAACCCUGGAGAAGCCCCAGCUGUACUGCCUCCCCCUCUGUCCCCACCAGCCAGCCAUCUUCCUCCCCCACCACCACCUCCUCCUCCUCCCCCUCCUCCUCCACUACCUCCUCCUCCACCACCGAUGGCACCUUUGCUGCUCAGAAAAACCGAACGCACUCAAUCACUUCAGGCUGGACCAUUAAAAAGAGAUGGGCCCAUGCAGAUAACAGUUAAAGAUCUACUGACUGUAAAAUUAAAGAAAAUACAAAGUGUUGACGAAAGGAAAAAG